AUGUCCCAAUCCGAUACAAUUCGGCAGAAACUAAUCGAAACCGAAUAUGAGCCUGUUAGUUCAUCACGUAAACUUAAUUUAUUACUUCAACGAUCAGUUCGAUAUUCAUAUCGACAAAGAUGUUGCAAAUGUUGUCCAACGAUACUUUGUGAACUUCUAUUUCCAAUUGCUAUAAUAGUAUUACUAACCUUAGCUCGAUAUGGAAUCAAUCGAUUAGCCGAAAAGCAAAAAGACGAUGGAAGUUUACCGGGAUCUUUCAGUAAACAUCCGUGUUCACAAGAUAUCAAUAUUCCCCCAACUUCAUCAAAUGAUAUAUUUACUAAUUGUUUUAAAUUUCCACCAAGUUAUAGUGGUGGUCGUUGGGGUUCACAUAGUCAUGAUGAUGUAUCCAAUAAAACAAAUAUUGUUUUUGAACCGAAUCGAACUGAUAUUAAUGAACUUGUUCAACGUGCUACAACACGUUUAGCUACAAUGGAAUGUAAUAAUACAAAUGUUUGGAGUCAAAACCCAAAUGAUGAAAUGGAUGCGCAUUUAUUGCAAAAUAAAACUGUAAAUACAGUUAUAGUGGAUUUCAGUGCAACAUCUGAUCUAAGAAAAGAACGAAAUCUUGCUUAUAACAUUAUUGUUCGAGCACCAAAUAUUAUUUUAAAAAAUGAUCCUAUCGAUAGAUCAUUCAUAUCAUAUAAACAUCCAGGUUAUAUUUCUGAUCGUUCAAAUACAACAGAUAACAAUGCUAUUAAAGGAUCAGAAUUACCUGAAUUUACUGAUGUAAAAAUGUUUGUUGAUUCAUUACUUAUGGAAUAUCAAACAAAUCAUCAAAUUCAAUUUGAACUUGAACGAAAUCUUAUGACUUGUACACCAUUUCGAAAUGAUUAUCUUUUUACAUCAGAAUCAAAUUUUCUUACCACAAUUAUAUUAAUGAUUGAUGCUGUAUUCAUUGUUCCAUAUUUAAUUCUUUUAAUAAGUUUAAUUCGAGAAAAAAAUGCAAAAGUGAAAGAAAUUCUUAAAGUACUUGGUAUUGAACCUAUUCUUAAUAAUCUUGCACAAGGAAUUCGAACAAUGUUUAUUCUUUUUAUUUUAAUUCUACUUUUAUCUAUUGUCUAUAAAUUAAAAUUAAAUCCUGAUGCUUAUUUCAAUACAGUUAAUUUUGGUAUAUUGUUUGUUGGUAAUAUAAUAUAUGGUUUACAAUUAAUAUCAUUUUGUAUAAUGAAUGCACAAUUAUUUGAUACAAAUGUUCGUGCUGUUAUAUUUACAUUUGUUUUUUAUUAUGUUAUCUAUUAUAUCUCUUCAUUUACUAAUUCAUGGCCACCAGGUAUACAAUAUAUAUUGAUGUUUUUUUGUCCUUAUAUUGCUGGACAUUCACUUUUUCAACAAGCUGUAUUGUAUGAUCUAGCAAACAAAGAUGUAGCAAUAUUUCGAACUAUAUAUAGUUAUGUACCAAUGUAUUUUCCAACAUUGAUUGUUAUGCUUCUUAGUUGUGUUUUUUAUUGGGCAUUAUCAUGGUAUUUGGAAAAGGUCUUUCCAGGUGAAUAUGGUAUUCCACUUGACUGGAAUUUCUUAUUCAAAAGAGAUUAUUGGCGUAGAGAAACUACUAAAGAUCAAAUAUAUACAUUUGAUAAUCAUGCAGCUACACUUUCAAGACCUAUUACACCAUUUACACGAACAAAUUCAAUUGGUACACCUGUUGUUCAUGUUGAUCAUCUUGUUAAAAAAUUUGGUCCAGAU